AUGACUAGCCUAGCCCCAUUGAGCACCUGCAGGUGGGCCACUUACCAUCUGUCGUCAGAAAAAGGAGGGUUCGUUGGGUUCAAUGAUGUAUACGAGAGAGCAUGGCUAAAUGCCUGCCAUACUUAUGUUCCACCAGGAUAUCCUUUCGACAAUUGCGGAGAGUUCUCAACCAGAAUGGCGACAACAGACUACCCACUUGGAAUGAGUCGAUGCAACCGUCUCCCUACCUCGGCCGACUUCAUUAAACACACAGAAUCCAGUGUGGCUAAAAGUGGCCAACCUUCUAUAAGCAGGAAGAUCGGGAGGUUUUACGAUGAACUAGAGGUUCGUGGUUUUAGAGCCGCAACGAAGAAACAGGUUGCUCGGAAGAUGACAUCGAUGGCCAACGCAGCAUUCGCCCUUCUCGAUGCCGGAUCGGAAAACCCUACACGAUCUAAGAUCCAAAGACCGGGCGAUAGGCAGGCUUUUUCGAGCUCUACUAGCCAGACGCGAAAUGGUAUGCAGAGUCGUAGCUUUCAGGACAGCAUUUCUCUACGUCAGCGAACUAGUUCUCUCCAGCAUAGUCUGCUCGAGUCUCUUCCUAGCACAAUUGCCGUUGCACCGCUAACAUCUCUGACUCCGUCUUCUUUGUCUGGUGAUGCCGGCAUGGGAUGCCGUAAGUGUACCGACCAAUUUCCCUUGGAUUCAAUACUUUCUCCACAUGCUACCACCCCAGCAAGACUGCUGUUUCCACUUACCCCUAUUGCAGUCUUUCUUGCACGACACAUUCCCUCGAAGGUAGUCGUCGAUAAGGUUAAGUUGGGGAAAGAUGGCAGAGUCUAUCGGAGCAAAAACAAGCGUAUUAGGGUCAACUUCAAUUUCGCAGUAAAUGGCAAGGCUGAAAAGACAAUAGAGGCAGUAAGUGCCUCCGAUGUCGUAAAGAGGGAUGCGAUAAUGUCGGAGAAAAAGCAUGCACACAUGUAUCAAGUACUUCCACCCGCAGGGAAUAUGGACUGCUCAUCCUACAGAAGCCCUGACCGGCUGUCCCAAUCACGCCCAAGCUCGUGUUUCCUAGAUAGUCAAUAUCACACGCUUUUCUCACAACAUCCACCAUCACUAAUCAUCAAUCCCAUCUCAUCUCAUCCAAAGCUGAUCCACUUGGAAACAAGAAAAAACGGCGAAAAAGCAACCCCCAACCUAACUAACCUCAGCCUUGAGUUCAGUCCAGUCCGAUCUCGUCUAACAUUAGCUUAUAUCCAUAAGCAAGAGGUUAGCAAACAAGCACAAAUCGAAGCUCACCUGAAUUAACAUGAUCAGCAAUCUGAACCAAUGCUUAGGUCCUCUCUCAGUCCUUUAUCGACGCGUUAUAAUCCCCAAACCCUGGGCCAGUGGCUCACUAGUUUCCUAGAUCGAUUGACGCUAAACUGAAAGACCAUCUUGUAUGAUGCCUGUGCUAUGAAGCGCCAACUUCCACAUUAACCCCAGAUCUGAUCUCAUGAUUGCCAUUGCCCGGGCCUAGCGGGUGGUAGUAGACUAGAACGUUGGAGUCCAGCUGGCUAAUAACCAGCGGUACCGAACGAAAUGCAAA